GUGAAACGAAAGUGAAUUUCUUCCCAAGGUGCUUAUAAAAAGCAGAGUGAACUCAUAGCCUGCACUCCUGGAGGAACGUAGAGAGAGAGAGAUAUUCUGACACCAACAUGCAGUACGAAUGGGCUGAAGAUGACUUUGAGCUGCCCGAUGGGGUAUUUCCACUGGGCCUCUCUGAGCCAAUUAAUAACCGAAGAUACUCCAUGUACCACGGAACCACCAAGGAAACAGCUAAAUUAAUCCUGAAAAAUGGUUUUCGCCGGUCUCCAGAUGGGAUGCUCGGCUGCGGCGUCUACCUCAGCAGAGACGUGAAGAAAGCUAGCCGCUAUCCCAUUGAUCACGAUGACUGUGACAAGGCCGUCAUUAAGGUUGUGGUCAACGUGGGCAAAGUGAUCGCCAUCAAUUAUCAAGGCCACCCACGUCAGAAGACCUGGCAUGACCCCAGAUACGGCCCCGUGUUUGACACCGCCUGGGUGCCUCCCAACUGUGGAAUGGUGAAGAGCGGUUUGGAGGAGGAUUGUGUCUGGGAUCCCGAUCGAAUCAAGGUCCUUAAAACCAUCAAUCCACGUCGAGUCCAACCCAUUGGAGGUGGUGCGCGGGGACUUCCACCCAGCCAGAUUUUGACCAACUCCCACCUGAAGCCCCACAACAACAAGUUCAGGAAAGAACUAACCAGGCAGGCAGUGGAAGACUACGAACAAGAGCCGCCCAAAACGAUGCCUAGCAAAUGUGUCCAGAGAACACCGUACCGGCAGGUAACAGAAGGGAAGGGAAGAAUCCAGGAUCCCGGCCCCAGAGGAGUCAGCGGAGCCAGACCCAAGACUCCUGUGAGGUCAUCUAGGGAGCCAUAUCCUAAACCACCUCCAUCAGAGGAAGAGGAGGACGGGGAAUCGGAAUAUGAGGCCGAAAGGGAAGACUCGGAGGGGACGGACGGGGGGCAGAUCUCAAUCGAGUACCAGGCACCAGACAGAAUGAAGGAUCUGAGAAUCAACCCAUGGGCCCAGAGGAACCAGCGGAGAAUCACUAGGAAAUUAACAAAGGGCUUCAUAAAUGAGGUGGAUUUCAUGAUCCUACACCCCAACACGACCACUACAGAGCAGAUCCAAGAAACCAUGAGAAGAGAUCCUGACACCAUCAUGCAGUGCGAGCGGGCUGAAGAUGACUUUGCGUUGCCCAGUGGAGUAUUUCUGCUGGGUCUCUCUGCACCAAUUGAUAAUGGAAGGUACGUCAUGUACCACGGCACCACCAAGCAGAAUGCUCAUUCCAUCCUGACCUACGGUUUUCGCCAGUCUUCAGAUGGGAUGCUCGGCUGCGGCGUCUACCUUAGCAGAGACGAGAAGAAAGCUAGCCGCUAUCCCAUUGGUUUCCGGGACUGUGACAAGGCCAUCAUUAAGGUUGAGGUCAACGUGGGCAAAGUGAUCACCAUCAGUUAUCAAGGCCACCCACGUCAGAAGACCUGGCAUGACCCCAGAUACGGCCCCGUGUUUGACACCGCCUGCGUGCCUGCCAACUGUGGAAUGGUGAAGAGCGGUUUGGAGGAGGAUUGUGUCUGGGAUCCCAAUCGAAUCGAGAUCCUUCAAACCACCAAUCUAAGUCCAGCUCCACCCUAUGGAGGACAUGGUGCGUGGGGCUACUAUUGAGCUCUACAAGAUGUUACCAAUUCAUUUUGUAUGUUCAGAUGUAUUUUUAUAUAUUUGGAUCAAAGGUAAAUGACAUUUGCGUUUUGUUACUGUGUCAUUGAAUCCU